UGAUGACAGCUGUGCGCUGUGGCUGUUGCUAAAGGGAGGAGAAAAUCUCACGACGGAGGGCUUUUUUAUCUCUUUCAUUCGCAGCUAGGACCUUUGGAGGACUGGGAAGAGAACUAAACUGUAAAACCCACCCAUACCAGUCGCGACUGAAUUCUGUACUCCACAUCCAGCCGUCAAAUUAGUCGCGCCGUGGCUGAGCUGAACGAUGGUGAAGCCAGACAUUCACACUCUGGCCCACCACCUGAAGCAGGAACGGCUGUACGUGGCGUCAGAGAAGCAGCUCAUCCAGCGACUCAACAAUGAGGUGCUCAAGACAGCAGAGAGGCUCUACCGCGCAGCCUGGAUCGCCAAACAGCAACGGAUCAACCUCGACCGCCUCAUCCUAACCAGCGCGGAGGCCUCUCCUGCGGAAUGCUGCCAGCAUGCCAAGGUUCUGGAGGACACACAGUUUGUGGAUGGUUAUAAGACACUGGGCUUUCAGGAGAGCAUCUACGGGGAGUUCUUGAGCCGUUUGAGGGAGAACCCACGAUUGGUGGCGUCCUGUCUGGUGGCAGGAGAAAGACUCAAUCAUGAACACACGCAGGGGGUCAUACACACGGUCUUCACCUCACUCUAUGGCAACUGCAUCAUGCAGGAGGAUGAAUGUUACCUUCUGCAGGUCUUACGUUAUUUGGUGGAAUUUGAGCUAAAGGAAAGUGACAACCCUCGUCGUCUGUUACGGCGAGGCACGUGUGCCUUCAGCAUCCUCUUCAAACUCUUCUCUGAGGGCCUGUAUUCGGCUAAGCUUUUUCUCACUGCGACCCUCCACGAGCCCAUCAUGCAAUUGCUGGUGGAGGACGAGGACCAUCUAGAGACAGAUCCAGGCAAACUGAUAGAGCGCUUUACUCCGGCCCAGCAGGAGCGCCUGUUUGGGGAGAAAGGCACAGAUGAGUACCGCAGGAAAGUUCAGGCAGCAGUGGAGGCCAACGAGGCCAAGCUGGUAGCUCUGGUCAAUACCUUUAUUGGCUACCUGAAGCAGAACACCUAUUGCUUCCCUCAGAGCCUGCGCUGGAUUGUGUCUCAGAUGUAUAAGACGCUGGCGCGGGUGGAGAGGUUAGAGGUCGGGGAGGUGAGGACGAUGUGCACCGACUUGCUGCUCACCUGCUUCAUCUGUCCAGCCAUCGUCAACCCUGAACAGUACGGCAUCAUCUCAGAUGCACCCAUCAAUGAGGUGGCACGUUUCAACCUCAUGCAGGUGGGGCAGUUGUUGCAGCAGUUAGCCAUGUCUGAUGCAGAUGAUGGAGAUCCUCGACGUAAAAGCAGUUUAUCAAAGUUUGAUAAGACGUGUGUUGCUGCCUUUUUGGAUGUCGUCAUUGGUGGAAGAGCUGUCGAGACUCCACCUAUGUCGUCAAUGAAUUUGCUGGAGGGCCUCACACGGACGGUGGUUUACAUGACUCACAAUCAGCUUUUAGCUCUGGUGGACUUUGUGCGUAGCGUCACUGCAGGAGAUCAGCUCAGAGAAGAAGACCACCUGGCUCUGGAAACCCUAAUAGCCAAUGUACCUCAGUCCCGGACCACGAAGAGCAACAGCCUGGAGCUCACACCCUCCAACACACCCCAGCUCUCCCCCGCUACCACACCCGCCAACAAGAAGAACAGACUCCCUAUUGGACAACAGUUGGCAGCCAUAACGUGUUGGGAACCCUCUGCCACUGCCCUGUCCGCUCAUAUACCCUUAGUAACCCCAUUUGCAGGCUCUCGCAGCCGAAGCCGAUCUAACAUGGCCCAGGAAGGUGAGACUGAAGCCAGCUCCCAGGAGUCUCUGCAGGAGGUCACACCUGAGGAAGUGCUUGUCAUCUCGCUGGGAACCUCACUGCAGACUGUACCUGGGAUGAUGUCUGAAAACGAGGUUCUGACUCUGCAUCUUGGAGAUGGUGGACAAGGAGAUGCCCCCGUUGAUGACACCAAACUGCAUGGAAAACCUGACAAAACGCUGCGCUUCUCGCUCUGCAGUGACAACCUGGAGGGCAUUUCUGAGGGCCCAUCUAACCGCUCCAAUUCAGUAUCUUCUUUGGACCUUGAGGUGGAGUCUGUGUCCGAAGGAGGUCCAGGGCCGUCUGGUAGCAAUGGUGCAGAGGCCUUGCAGCUACUGGAACAUGAACAAGCCACUACACAGGAUAAUUUGGAUGAUAAGCUUCGCAAGUUUGAGAUUCGGGACAUGAUGGGACUGACGGAUGACAGGGACAUUUCCGAAACGGUCAGUGAGACUUGGAGCACCGACGUCCUUGGCAGUGACUUUGAUCCCAACAUGGAUGAAGACCGACUGCAGGAGAUAGCAGGGGCUGCGGCGGAGAACGCCUUGGGCAGCAUGCUGUGUCUGCCAGUACUGCUGGACCCAUACGGGUCUACCAUCUCCGAGACGACGAGUGAGGCGUGGAGCGUUGAGGUUCUGCCGAGUGACUCGGAAGCAGCAGACCUGAAGCAGGAGGAACGAUUGCAGGAGCUGGAGAGCUGCUCGGGUGUGGGUAGCACUUCAGAUGACACUGAGGUCAGAGAGGUCAGCUCCCGACCCAGCACCCCGGGACUCAGUGUCGUUUCAGGCAUCAGUGCCACGUCAGAGGACAUCCCCAAUAAGAUUGAAGACCUACGCUCAGAGUGCAGCUCAGAUUUUGGCGGCAAAGACUCUGUGACCAGUCCAGAUGGAGAGGACUCUGCUCAUGGAGCUCACAGUCUAUCCUGUGCACCCUCUCAAGCAGAUUCACUGCUGGCCAUGUUCGAUCCCCUCUCCUCCGGAGAAGGUUCGUCCACUGGCACCAUCGUGCGGCCCAAGGUACACUAUCCCCGACCCCCUCCUCCCCCUGACCCGCCCAUCCCAGAGGCCAGCAUAACGGGCCACCAAGAGCCUCGUCCACCCCUCUUCGCCCCUCACCUGGCGCAGAGUGACCUGGAGCAUCCCAAGCAGAGGCACUCUUACCCUGAAAGGCUGGUCAGGAGCCGCAGCACAGAUGUGGUGUCCGCUGGCCUCAGACCCAACAGUGAUCCUGGACUGAACCGCAGGACCAUGAUGGAGGAGAGAGAUCCAGCUGGGGCUUAUUCCACAGGACCCACCUCCUCUCCCAGCAAGGAUUCACUCAAAGGAGAGUCUGAGGACAGGAAGGACAGUGAUGAUGAGAAGUCUGAUAGGAACAGACCCUGGUGGAAGAAGCGUUUUGUUCCUGCCAUUCCUAAAGUGCUCUAUUGGACUGCAGAGGGUGAACUCCCAGUGCCGAUUGGGGGGCUGCGAAAGCGGGACAAGCCGGAAAAAGAUGAGCAAGGAGCAGAGAGGGUACCGCAAGGUAUACCAGAUGAGCCUUCAGCUUUCAGGCAGAGCUCUAAGACCCAGUCAGCAGAGGCAAUAAUGGACAAGUACAAGUACAUCAUGGAGAAACGACCCACUCACAGUGAUGGGGCAGUUGCUGGGAGUUAUGUUGGACAAGAGCCUUGUAGAGAAGGGGACAGUGAGCACGACUCCCCUAAAGAUGAAGCUCUGCAGAACAUCUCUGCAGAUGACCUUCCAGACUCUGCCAGUCAGACAGCGCCCCCUCAGGACAAGACUUUCUCCUUCAGCGAUAUCAAGAAAAAGCUUCGCCUGGCGCUGUGCUCUGCAGAUUCAGUUGUAUUUCCCAUCAUUCCAGCAGCAACAACACGUAAUGGUCUCCCGGACCAUGCAGAUCCUGAAGACAACGAGAUCGUGUGCUUUCUGAAGGUGCAGCUGGCGGAGGCCAUUAACCUGCAGGAUAAGAACCAGAUGGCUCAGAUCCAGGAGACUACGCGCUGCGUCAGCCACCUCGACCCCCGCACCUGCAGAAAACUGCUCACUGCCAUGGCAGAGGACUACAGGAAGCGUGCUCCGUACAUCGCCUAUCUGACACGGUGCAGGCAAGGCUUGCAGACGUCUCAGGCUCAUCUGGAACGACUCCUGCAGAGAGUGUUGAGAGACAAAGAAGUGGCCAACCGCUACUUUACCACUGUCUGUGUCCGACUGCUCCUGGAACACAUGGAGUCAAAGAUGCUGGACUUCAUCAAAGCGUUUCAGGGCUGUACAGCAGCUGACGAUAAGACAGCAGCCGUAGAGGAUUUCCUGCGUUACCUGUAUGGAGCCAUGGCCCACGAUGCCAUCUGGCAGUACGCCAGUGAAGAGCAGCUCCAGGACGCCCAGAUGGCCAUCGAACGCAGCGUCAUGAACCGCAUCUUCAAACUGGCAUUCUACCCCAAUCAGGAUGGGGACAUCCACAGAGACGAGCUAUUCCAGGAGCACAUUCACCGACUGUCCAAAGUGGUGACGGCCAAUCACAAAGCCCUGCAGAUCCCAGAGGUGUAUCUGAAAGAGGCACCGUGGCCCUCAGCACAGGCUGAGAUCAGGACCAUCAACGCCUAUAAGACCCCACGAGAUAAAGUACAGUGCAUCCUGCGCAUGUGCUCCACAAUUAUGAACCUGCUCAGCCUGGCCAAUGAGGACGCAGUACCUGGGGCGGACGACUUUGUCCCUGUGCUCGUCUUUGUCCUGAUUAAAGCAAACCCACCCUGCCUUCUGUCCACCAUUCAGUACAUCAAUAAUUUCUACGCCAGCAGGCUGAGCGGGGAGGAGUGCUAUUGGUGGAUGCAGUUCACUGCCGCCGUGGAAUUCAUUAAAACCAUCGACGAUCGCAAGUGAAGCAGAACAGCCACCUGUAUGGGCAGACUGCAGGAAGGAGAAAGAGAAAGAGAGAGAGAGAGAGGACGGCGCGGACAACUCUCCCCUUCAUCGAGAACGCACAGCGCGGCAUCGCCUCAGUCUGUAAAGCUGUACAUAGAGGCAAAAACACUUCACGUUUAAAUUCGAUCAAACAUUAGAUAUGAUCAUGACAAGAUUUCCUACGCUGUGGUGUUAAACGAAUAAAAACAAAUAACGCGGCAGGUGGCGACAUCGCCGCUCUCUACCGAUCUCGCUUAUGUAACACGCGUCUUUUUCUGUAGUGCUGGGGAGGUGCUGGGGUUUAGAAUCAAAUUUUAUAUUAAACACAGAUUUAGCAAGUAAUUAGCUCUGUUAAAAC